AUGACUUCUCACCAUCUACCGGUCCCCAACGCCAGCAACCUCAGACUCGCCUCUCUGGUCCGAGAGCUUAGUCAGCUGUCUGGCGUCGACUUUGCCCUGGUGACUCUCUCCACCACCCCCAUUAACGACGACACUUGCUCCGAAACGGCCGUGUCUCACUCUCUUCCUCUUCUUGAAGGCCGCCACUUUUCGCUCUUUGCCUCGUCCGAAUUCAAGGGCCAUAUUGGCGCCGUAGUUGACGAGAACCUGGUGCCUGCCCUGGUGGAACACAAGCAGGCCCAGGAUCUGCCUCGAACACUCAUCGACCUCACAAACACAGAGGCGCUGCUAGCCUACCUGGCAGCAUGUCUGUUCCUGCUCCAACAGGAGACGUGCAAGAACAUUGCCCGGACAUGGAUCAAGUUCAUUGAGCCCAAGAAGCAGAGCAAGUAUCCCUACAAGCGUGGCUCGUGCACGGCCCCACCAUGGUGGCCUCGUGGCGUCACCCACAAAGAGCCCGAUCACCUGCAGAAGAAUGAGCGCAUCAACCUCCUGACUCAUCUGCUACUGUACUCUGAUUUCUCACUCGAGACGCUCAUGGAAGCUACCAACGAAAACAGAGACGUGGUCCCGUCGCCCAAGCGGGUGUUUGUGGACCAGGCGUUUGAUAUUGCUCAGGUGUACCGUUUUCUGCACCGAAGCUCACACCCAAACGACGGUUCUGUGGACAUGAGCAGGUACACAAACUACGAAGUGAUCCACGUGCAUGCUCUGACGUAUGGGCAGAACCGUUAUGAGCGCAAGGACGAGCCUAGGAUGUCUUCGAGAGCCCCCUACAGAAGUUUUGGCAUGUCUCUGCCAACCGAGGACAACAGAGGAAUGAUUCUCAAACGAGAGUGUUCUUCUUCCAGUCCGAUUAUGUUGUCUCCUGGGUAUCCUGGCAGCAUCAACUGUGCAUAUAAUGGGUUGUACACUGCAUACGGCUCUCACAGUGGAAGCACAACUCCCAGAAUGACUAUGGAACCGGUUCUACCUAGGAACGAAUCUCUUGUCUCAAGAAAUGAACCCCCCAGGGGCUACUUCAAGCCCCACUUCUCGCCAGAGACCUACAGAGCUCCUCCUCCUGCUCAGCCCUCCAACUCCUCUGCUAGCAAGUACCACUACCCGGGCCAUUACGGAACCUCCUACACUUACACGCAGCAGCCUCACAACCCCUACUAUGUCAAUGGCUAUUACGCGCAGCAGUCUGUAGGCGAGAUUCAGAUGCGGUCUCCUCCUUCCAGUUCUUCAAGUGCAAACACCUCAGUUGAUUCGAACGAGGAUUUUGGACUUAGUGCGAAGCGAUCGAUGGCGGUCGAUGAUGUGAGGCCCUUGAAGCGGCCGGUCAGUCGGUAG